CCGUUCACGAAAUUAAAUGAGACAACUCAAUAUUUGAAGAGAAAUAAUAACAAUUUACAUCAAAACACCCCCUCCUUAACUUAAUGUUGAAGGCCUGUGUGAAAACGUGGGCAGUUGUCAGACACCAAUUACACACAGACAAAGAAAAAUCUUUUCAGCAAUCAAAUUAACUCUCUUGAAAACAAGCUGCCAUAAUCAUCAUGUAUCCAGUUUACAAUAAAUUACAUAAGUGGAUAUUGAUAUUUAAUGCACAUGCAGGGACACACUUGAUGAAUAAUGUUCAGCACAAUGGGAAAAGAAUCAGACUCACCAAAGAAAUUCACAAGAAACAUAACGCAGCAACAUGUUACUCUGGCCAACCCCUGUUGAUGAGAAACAAGGGUUUGCAAACAUGCACAUCAAGCAACAUGGGGAAGUAACAGCAGCAUUCAGGAAAGCCUGCAUAAUUGGCAACAUAAAAAAGGUUUGUUGUCAUGGCAACUUUAUAUCCAAGAUAUGAUAUAUUCAUAUCCAAAAUGUUGUGUAGCAAAGAAGCAUUGUCACUAUGAGCUCAGUCAAGUUACGUUCUUCUGUAAAAAGUCUUCGUGAUACAGAACGACCGAAAUCUUCCGUUUCCUGGAAGGAUGAUUUGGAUGACAAUCCAAAAAGUGACCCUCAUCUCAAGGAGGAACCAGAAGUCGUUUCUGGUUUCACUAGAUUUACAAGAGGGAUAAAGGGUUUUUGGAGUACCACUGAAAUUGCAGACACUGAUGAAGACGAUCGUGAUUCUUUCGUUCGUGUUACUAUUCGAGAACUUGUGAUCUAUCUUGGUUACGUUAUUGUCAUUUGUUUAGUGGCGUUUCUUAUGCUGGAUUCGACGAUGUAUUACCUGACAAAAGUCAUGCAAGGAUUAUUCGUAGAUGGACCUGGUUUUGACGGUCUUAAAAACGAAUAUGAGUUUUGGGACUACGUAGAAAAUGGCCUGCUUGAUGGAUUGUAUAAGGAGCAAAACUAUGAUGGCUCCGAUGUGCAUUACACAGAAAUCGGAUAUAUCUUUUCUGAAAACAAACUAUUUGGUCGACCGCGUUUGCGGCAGGUUCGUGUUAGGAAAAACACGUGCAAAAUUCAUCCCACCAUGCAAAAGACAAUUGAUGUAUGCUACGCUUACUUUUCUGAAGAAGCGGAAAGCAAGGUGCAACUUCGGCCGAAUAAUGCCACAGCUUGGAAUUAUCGAUCAGCAGAGCAAUUGGAAGGUCGGGAUUUUCUCGGCCGUCGUACAACGUAUGGAGGUGGUGGCUACACACAGUUGCUUGAGGAAAGCAGAGCUGGUUCUGAAAAAAUUAUAUCAGCCUUAAAGCAAAAUCUAUGGCUGGAUCGUGGCACAAGUGCAGUAUUUAUCGAUUUUACGGUGUACAAUGCCAACAUUAAUUUGUUUAGCAUUGUAAAAUUGCUGUUCGAGUUCACGCCUACAGGAGGUUGUGUGACGUUUAGAAAAAUUAUCACCAUAAAGUUACUUCGCUAUGUAACGGCCACUGACUACUUUGUCAUGGCUUGUGAGGGCAUUCUCAUUUUAUAUUUGAUUUUUUACACCGUUGAAGAAAUAAUUGAAAUGAAGAAGCUCAAAAAGAAGUACUUCAAAAAUUUCUGGAACUUCAUUGAUUUGUGGGUAAUUUUACUGGGUUAUGCGGUGGUCUGCAUUAAUUUGUAUCGUACGUUCAAAGUGGGAACAGUUUUGAAGGACAUCUUGGACAACAGAACGCAGUUCGCAAACUUCGAAUUGCUUGCAUACUGGCAGGAAUUGUUUAAUGAUAUUGUUGCUGUGGCUUGCUUCUUUUCGUGGAUAAAGAUUUUCAAGUUUAUCAGUUUCAACCAAACGAUGGCUCAUCUCCAAGGUACCCUAAGUAGAAGUGCUGGCGACGUGGCUGCAUUUACCGUCAUGUUUUUCUUGAUUUUCUUUUCGUUUGCGCAUUGGGGCGUCCUUUGCUUUGGUUCACAAGCAAAAGAUUUCCAUGUCUUUUACAUUGCAUGUUUCACUUUAUUUCGCAUCAUUCUUGGAGAUUUUGACUUUGCUGCACUGCAAGCAGCGAACCGGCUGUGGGGACCAAUUUAUUUCGUGGCGUACAUCUUUUUCGUGUUUUUUGUGUUAUUAAACAUGUUCUUGGCUAUCAUUAAUGAUACCUACGCCGAAGUGAAGGAGGAAAUGGAUGAAGAUGACGCUGUUGAUGUUGGACAGAUUUUUAAGAAAGGUUAUGAUAAAAUGGUCGAUGAUUUGAAUUUGAAACAGAACAAGGUCGAUGAUAUUCGCAAAGCUCUAAUGGCAGCUGAUACAAAUAACGACAACAUGAUUGAGUAUGACGAAUGGCGAACUGAGUUGAAAGCUCGUGGCCAUCACGAUGCGGAUAUUGAAGCGAUAUUUGCGAAAUACGACGUUGAUGGCGACCGUAUAUUAAACGAACACGAGAGAAUCAAAAUGAUGAAUGAUUUAGAAGGACAGCACGCGGAUAUUUCAGAAGAAAUUAAUGACGUGAAGGCACGGGCUGACCCAACUAAAGUAUUAAGCAAACUUGCCCUUAGAAAUGAAGAUGUUGAGGAGAGCAGUGAAUCUGAGGAGGAGGAGGAUGAUAGUGAGCGUGAAAUUGGAUACGAAGAAUAUAAAAUGCUUUUUAAACGUGUGGACAGAGCCGAGCAAAGCGUCAGUAGUAUCGUUUCAAAAGUAGAAAGCGUCUUGAUGAAGCUCGAGGCUAUGGAUCAAGCUAAAGCGAAACGACGUGAUACGAUGAGUCGAUUGAUAGAAAGUAUUUCUGAAUAUGAAGCCAAGGUUGAAGAUGCUGAGGAAAUCCUUGCAGCCGAAAGUAGCUCUUGGGGCAGCAAGUCUUCUGUUAAACGCAAUGGCUCGUCUACUAACUCUUUUGGAUCAAGAGCAGAUAGCAGUUUAUCGCGAGCAUCCCCAAAGCAGGGUAAGAAUCCAGAAGAGCAAUCAGCUUCUGACAGCUUUAGCGCGCCAGUUAGUAAAGGAAGUUCUGCCUCGGUAAAUGUUUCCAACUAAAGAUUUAGAAGAUGAACACAAUUUAAAAACGAAAGAAUUUGAAACGCUUUUCUAGAUACCACACAAUUUUUUAUCAGAAUGUGACUGUAAAUGUAACAGAAUGUAAAUAAAAGAAAUUAUUAAAGGGAUAUCCGUUUGACAAUUAAUACUUUGCUUGAAGGUAUAUCCCUGCGACAGUUAAUACUUUACCUGACGAUUUGUUUUUUUUAAAAAAAGCAUUUUUCUCACUGCUAAUUAAUGUGGUUAGUUUAUUUGGUCACCUGUAAAAAUUUUAUAUACACGUUGAAAGUAUUUGUAAAUCGAAUAUUUAUGAAAUAUCCUGAACACUUUA